AUGGGGACUUCAGAAACAACACCAUUGAUUAAUCAAAACCCGGAUCUGCAGUCCUACUAUGCCUCCCUGGAGUCUAGGAUUGGCUACCGCCUGAUCCUCGGCGGCACGCGCCAUUUCGGCUACUACGAGCCCGGAACCUGGUGGCCGUUCCCUGUGAAAAAAGCACUGCGUAGAAUGGAAGACCAUCUAUUCGACACGUUGAGGCUACCUGCCGGUGCCACCGUUCUGGAUGCCGGCUGCGGCCACGGCCACGUCGCCAUACACAUGGCGCGGCGCAACCUGAACGUUCAGGCAAUCGACGUCGUUGAGCGCCAUGUCGCCCGAGCUCAAAGAAAUGUGCUCGCGGCGGGGCUGCCAAACGCCAUUACUGUCCAGCGGGGCGAUUAUCACCACCUGGAAGGGGUGCCGACCGAGUCCUUGGACGGCGUCUACACCAUGGAGACGAUUGUGCAUGCGACCGACCCCAAGGCUGUGCUGGAGGGUUUCUUUCGAGUGCUGAAACCCGGUGGUUCAAUUGUCUUGUUUGAAUACGCCCAUUCUAUUCCGCAGGAUGCGCCCGCUGAGGUUGCCAAGAUGUUUGACCAAGUCAACGAGUAUGCCGCCAUGCCGGCCAAUGCAGAUUUCGAGCAUGGUACUCUUCCUUCGCUGGUGCAGGGUGCUGGUUUUGAAGAGGUCGAGAUGGGUGAUCUUUCGGAGAACGUGAAGCCGAUGCUGCGUCUUUUCUUCCUGCUUGCCUAUAUCCCCUACAUCAUCAUUAGGUUUUUGGGGAUUGAAAAGUACUUUGUCAACACUGUCGCCGCGAUCGUGGGAUAUCGAUACUUCGACAUUCAUCGAUACGUAACAGUUCGCGCUACGAAACCUGCGAAUCCCGAUCAACCAUCUUUCGAACCCAAGAAAGAGCAGUGA